AGAGCACUCACAGAACCACUCCUCUGGCAGGAAGCAGGGCAGAUACUUCUCUGGCAGUUGGGCUCCUCUUCUGGAGUGGUGGAGAUGGCAGUGAACCUCCCCUGCAGCUUCACUGCACUUUGCUGUUUGGCAGUCUGGAGCUUCACUGGGACUUCAGGUACACAUGUUACACCACCCCACUCUACCAUAAGACCUGGCUUCCCUGUCCCAGUGAACACCAACAACCCCGAGGUCCGCAGGGCCGCUCGCUUUGGGGUCUAUAGGUACAACAACAGCUCCAAUGACCUCUUCCUGUUUAAGGAAUCACAGAUAAAGAAAGCCAUGGUACAGAUAGUCAGAGGGCUGAAGUACAUGCUUCAUGUGGAAAUCAAACGCACCGUGUGUGAGAAGAGGGAUCACCCCAGCCUGGACAGCUGUCACUUCCAGAGGGAAAAAAACCUGCAACAGAUGCUGAGAUGCUAUUUUGAGGUCUGGAUCACACCUUGGACACACAAAGUGCAUAUCCCUGUUGCCCACUGUCACCAAGACCUUUCCCUAUGAGAGCCUGACUUCCAGAGAAUCUCCUACCCUGAGUUUUUCCUUGCCUGGACUGCUGAGGUCAAUACUGAAGUGGGGAACAGCUGUACAGAACUGCACAGAGCUUUUCUCUCAAAGCACAUGGUUGUUUUUUCCUUGAGAAAGACUCUCAAAAGACAAGGCCUGCCUUGACUGAAUCUCUUGCUAUCCACUUUUGUAUCUGUUUUUCCAAAACUAAACUGCACAUGAACACA